UAUGUUGAACCUCACCUUACCUGUUUUAAAUGUUUUCAGUCGUUUGAUUUAUUCUCAACUCCUACUCGAGUAGAUAGUCUUAGUAGUUGUCUGAUUUAUAGCUCUAAACAAGCACCAUGACCAUUUCCAUCGGGGAUACCCCCACGAACAGCGUGGAGGUUUUGGGUGAAAACGGACUGUUUCGCUGUGGGAGCGUGGUGGAUGUGGACGACACUGGAUUAUUCGUCGACUUCCACUGUGCCAGUCGUCAACGCGAACUCGUCCCUUUUGACAAUGUUUUCCCGAUCUCCUCCUUUACUCUGAAUGGAAAAGAGCUGGCCCAAAUCUACCCCGCCCCGCAGUUAACCAGCCAUGUGGACGUCCUUAUGCGCGAGAGUCCCACCGGACCACUGACAUGGUUCCCCGCUGAAUUAGCCAAUCUGGGGCGCGGCGUGCAGCACGGGUCAUACGAUGUGGCAAUAGUUCACUGGUGGAACACCGUAGCUUGCACGGAUGUUGUUCCAGCGCAGCGAAUUCGUCGGAGCGCGUUGACUUCUGAUGCGUCGAAUGCUGAAGCGGCUGUGUUGCGGAAUGUGGUCCCCGUGGGCAAAUGGACCUUUGCGAAGGGCAGUGUGCAGUUACCGCUGCGUUAUGCCUCGUUAACGAUGCCGGCUCUCGAGCAACUGGUGAACGAGCUGAACAGUCGUAAAUCUCUGUUUGACAGCUACAGUCAGCGACCAGUGAUGAUCGUUCACGGGGAAAAGGAACAGCUGUUUUACAUCGAGCAGCGGUUCUCGAAGUAUCAACCGGAUGUACAGACAACAUGUUUUGACAAAUUUUGGACAACUCUGGAUCAUGUUGUCCACGAAUCUAAGGGACCUCCCCGUCUGGUGCGGAUCCUUGCUGAUCCCGACACAACUGAUAACAGUGGUAUUAGUGCGUUGUCGGAAAACGUACUAAUGGAGAUCUUUUCCUGCCUGAGCACUUUGAAGCAGACUUCUUUACGUAAUGUGUGUGCAUCGUGGAACUACAUCAUGGAUUUGCCAGGAAUAUACGCCAAUGUUAUCGUAAAAAUUCAUGGAUACGAUAAGCUAUACGAAUCUGACCGCAGCGACUACUUGCUGACGGCGCCAAUCUUCAAAUGCCUGCGCGCGACCACAAAGCGUCUUGUCGCGGACUGUCGGCGACCAAUGCAACAGGGAGGCGAAUUCCUGAAAGUGUUGGACAUGAUACUCUGCGCCGCACAACAUGAACGGAUUCGGCUGGACACCAUUUUUCUGAUCGGUAUUCAAGGACGGCUUGUAGGCAGCAGUUUUUACUGUAAUGUUCACAACACGAAACAGUUCCUGGCACCGCGAGAAAGGUCACUGCAAGCGGCACACGUCAGCCUGCGUGAUUUCACCGUGGCGUGUCGUGAUCUUCCGUGCGAUGCCGUCCAGUUGAUCGGCUGUAGCUUCCAUCUGGGCUUUUCCGUCUCAUAUCGUAAUGGUCAUCCUUUGUUUAUGGAUGUCCACAGGGCGCGGCUGCAGCGACGAGGGGAUUUCGAUUUGGACUGUGCGCUGUGGGGUGCGUUGGAGGCGGUUUUGCCGGCACCCAGUAACGACCAGUUGCAGGGAUUAUCCCAGUGGCUGACAUCCGCUGCUGCGGGCCAAAUCGACCGGUACCUUCUAACGCCCUGCUGCUCGGUUUUAUGCUCGACGCAGACCGUCGAUCCGCGAGCGGGAGCACACUGGCGUGGAAAAAGAUGGUGCCGCGACGGUUUGGCUGAACUGCGGUGGGAGAACUUGUCCCGAAUGGCACUGCUCUCCUUGAUCAAGGUUGUGGAACUUGCCAUGGCCUUGCGCCCUGUAUGAGGGGAACUGAAACACGCUAGCAUUAAGCAGAAGAAUAAACCCAUUUGAGAUUACUUUAUGUUGCACUUUUGUGGUCUUGCGUUGCAUGAGCGUUGUCAUAAUUUGUGCAAAGUCGUUGUUGUUCCGCUUAUAAAGCAAUUGCUUUUACGGGGAAUAUAUGGUUUACGAAGCUCGGUUUCGCGUGGAGAAUGCUGCUUCAGUUUGUUUCGACCUGUUGUACUUUGUUUUGGUUUUCGUUGUUUGUAUCCCCUUCACGUUGUACG